AUGUGGUCUGGCUUCAGCUGGGCACUUGGCGCCCUGGAUAACGCAUACACCCUCACGCAUCUUCGGCCACAGCGGCCACGCUUCUUCGCCGACGGCUGGGGCGACCUCGAGGCGGCGGAAGCAGCGCAAAGCGAGCUCUUCCAGCGCACGCCCGGAGCGCCUCCCAGCCUGCGUUGGGCGGAAGCACGUGGAAACGUGUGUGGUGCGACGUUCCGGAGUCCCCAGGCGGGGCGUCUGCCUGAGGAGGCGCAGGAUGCCCACUUCCUCUUCGUGUCCCCGCAAGAGGAAGGCAAGGCCAAGAUCCGACCGUGGGAGGCCACCAGGGACCCCUCGGACGUUGAGCGCCCUUCGGCCAUCGUGGUGCUCCUCCCGGCCACAGGAGAAGAAACGGCGGAUGCGCGAGCGGCCCUGGCCCAAGAGCUUGCCAAGACGUCGAUGUGCUCCUUGAUCCUGACGGCCCCCUUGUACGGCGACCGGAAGCCCAAGAACCAGCAGAUGCACUACAUCCGCUCCGUCGGAAUGUACCUCGAGCAAAGCACGGCCAUUGUGGAGGAGGCGGCCCUGGCCGUCCGCUGGUGCGUGCAUGCCUGGCCGGGAGUCCCCAUCUGCGUCUCCGGCUACUCCUGGGGUGGCGCUAUGACCUGCCUCACGGCCAUUCUCGCCUCCCGGUGGGAGCCCUCGGCGCAAGUCCUGGCCGUUCCCUACGCAGGCUCCGCCACCCCGGCCGUGCUCGUGGACGGGCUCCUGCAGGACGACAUCCAGUGGUCCUCCCUGGCCGACGGUGAGCCCUUCCAGGAGACCCGCGACCGUCUUCUCCAGGUACUCCUGAAGACGCACCUCUCCAAGAUCAUCGAAUCUGUGGAAGGCCAGGAGGAUGCAGGAACCCAGGGCAAGAUCGCCGGCCUCCAUGCAGUGAGCUUCGAGAAUGAUGCCUUUGUAAAGCCCGAGUAUGGGGAAGAGCUCUUCGCGCUCACGAGCCGGUGCUGCAAGCCAAGUGCGCGCCGCGAGCUCGCGUGGCAGCCGGGGGGUCACGUCUACGCCUUCCUGGCGAGACGCCGUGUGCAGGUGCCGGCCAUCCAGCAGGCCUGCGCUGGGCUUGCCGCUUCGCGGCUGUGA